AUGGUGCAAAGUCUUGGAGGCUCCGUUAAGGUAGUCAAUGUGGCCAUAAAGCAGGAGACAGAACAUGCCAAGAUUUUGGGCAUCAGCACAAUUCCUUGUCUUCGACUUUACGGUAAUAAUAACCUAAAAAGUGCCACCUACAAAACCUAUGAGAGUACGAACGUAUCUGCUGAUGAAAUCGCGCACUGGAUUCUACGAAGUCAAAAUAGAACAGUUCAAUCUUUGUCAGGAACCCAGGAUGCCUUUCGAGAGGUACAUUCCCGAGGGUCUCCUGUGGGACCUGUCGUGGAUGUGUCUGUCCAUGAAGGGAGCCCGCGCGCUGCGCUUAUAGUAAGGCUUUCGAAGAACAUAGAGCAACUUCCUUCUAGAUUUACUUUAUUUAAGAUAAAAUAUGUAGGCUCUUCGGAGCGAGAAGAAUUUCGUGUCUACCGGAAAAAAUUGCCGUUUGAUGUGGGAGAAGAGGAAUAUCUUACUUUGGAAGAACCGCAAUGGGAGCCUAAAUCUAUGUUGGCACUAAUGCUAGAGGCGGAGAGCCGGAAAGUGUAUUAUGGUGAUAAGCCUUCUGGCGUGCUUCUUGGGAAGCGGGCGCUUCUUUCUGUCUACGUCAGUCGUUUCGAAAGCUUGCAGGAUAUUGCAUUGUUGUUGAUGGAGUUCCAUGAAGCAUACAAUGACCGCAUAGCCUUCCACAUAACCAGGAGCUCUCUGAAAGAAGCUGCUAGGUCCCAAGACACGUUCAGCCACAGUUGGGGUGGCGCUGUCCUCACAGAUCAGCAAGCAAAUGCAUCAGCCUACCGAAGGGUAGCAGGGGUGGUACGCGAGCUCUCCCCAUUUUCACAGUAUUCCUUGUCGAUGCCCUUCAAUUACCAUAGCCUAAAGUUGUUCCUCGAAGAAUGGAGUACUGGGAAUCCGGAACUUCAUUUCCGUUCUAAUCACCUGACCUACACUAAGAAGGAAAGCUCUGUUUUGGAACUUAACCAUCACCAGUUCCUUGACGUAUUAAAUAGAGCCAAGCGGGCGCCUUUUGCUGUUCUCUACUACGAGCCCAACUGCGCAGAUUGUCAGGCGUACCUA